AUGUCUGACGGAAAGGAAGAACUAGUGAACCGCGCCAAGCUCGCUGAGCAGGUAAGAUUUUUUAUUUUAUACUGUUUUAGCAUGUGUUCAAUUUUUUUUUCAGGCUGAGCGUUACGACGACAUGGCCGCAUCGAUGAAAAAGGUCACCGAGCUCGGAGCUGAGCUCUCGAACGAAGAGCGCAACUUGCUCUCGGUCGCCUACAAGAACGUGGUCGGAGCCCGCCGUUCCUCGUGGAGAGUCAUCUCCUCGAUCGAGCAAAAGACCGAGGGAUCCGAAAAGAAGCAGCAAAUGGCCAAGGAGUACCGUGAGAAGGUCGAGAAGGAGCUUCGCGACAUUUGCCAGGAUGUGCUCAACCUUCUUGACAAGUUCCUGAUCCCGAAGGCUGGAGCCGCCGAGUCGAAGGUGUUCUACCUCAAGAUGAAGGGAGAUUACUACCGCUACUUGGCCGAGGUUGCCUCCGGAGACGACAGAAACUGUAAGUGACUGGGUCGAUGACUGAAUUGGGACCUAACUUUGCACUCGUUUCUAACAGUUAUUCGUAAACUAUGCAUCCUUGUGUGAAGUGUGAAAAGAACUCAUAAGAAGACAGAGAACGAGAGCCAAGGCGCGGUCCCAUUUCCCACAUCGAUGCUUAGUUUCAGAAUAGGCUAUUUUCCGAGUUCCUCUAGGGACCGUGGGGGAUUGAUGAGGGUGCCCGAAAAGAAAUUGAAAUGCCCACUUUGCAGCGGUUGUCGAGAAGUCGCAGCAAAGCUACCAAGAGGCGUUCGACAUCGCCAAGGAUAAGAUGCAACCGACCCACCCAAUCCGCCUGGGACUUGCUCUCAACUUCUCUGUCUUCUUCUAUGAGAUCUUGAACGCUCCGGACAAGGCUUGCCAGCUCGCCAAGCAGGUGUGUUUGAUGUUUUUCUCUUUCUAGCCGUCGCCAACAUCGGACAAUCGGCCUACGCGGAGGCACUUGAAAUCGCCAAUAGAGAUUUGUCGCCGACGAACUGUGUCCGCUUGGGGCUGGCACUCAAUUACUCUGUCUUCUUCUAUGAAGUAGCGGCGAGCCCUGACAGAGCCUGCCAGCUUUCUAAACAGGUGUCCUUCGAGGCUCUAGCCAGCGCUUUCACAUCUUCCAGUUCAAAAUUGAAUUAUUCUUUUGCAGGCUUUCGAUGACGCCAUUGCUGAGCUCGAUACUCUGAACGAGGACUCGUACAAGGACUCGACACUGAUCAUGCAGCUCCUCCGCGACAACCUCACUCUCUGGACGUCGGAUGCCGCCACCGAUGACACUGACGCCAAUGAGCCAGAAGGAGGCAACUAG